UAAUGUUAAAAAGUAUGAGUAUUUUCAUAAUAAUUAUUAGUAUUAAUUUGUGGACUCGGACAACAAAUGCAAUUUUUGGGAACCAAAAAUUAAAUGUUAUGUUUACAUUAAAUGUUUUCUAUGUAAAUAUUGUAUCUAAACACUAUGACAGUUGUUUGUUUUUGGGACUGGAGCAAUAAAUGUGGUUUGUUCUACAGCGCUUUCUCUCGGCGCUUUGUAUUAUUACAUGGCGUGAACGCGCCGCGCGCUCCGUAGAAUGACGCGUUCACGAGAGCACUCAGAGCAGUGCCCACAAACAAACGCGGACAGAAGGGCACAGACCUCUGGAGUAAAAGCGGACUCACAGACAUAAUUUUUAUUUUUAUUUUUUAAAUACGACCUAUAACGGGAUAUUCAUUCAGUCACGUCUUUCAGGAUGGCAGAUGCUGAGGAAAAAACCAAUAGCUGUGGGACAAUAUGCCUCAAAUACCUUCUGUUCAUCUUCAAUCUUUUCUUUUGGCUGGCAGGUGGCGCUGUGAUGGCAGUGGGAAUAUGGACUCUGGUGGAUAAAAGCGACUACAUCAGCCUUCUGUCCUCCAGCACCUACUCGGCUGCGGCCUUCAUCCUGAUUGGUGCAGGGGCCGUCGUGGUGUUCACCGGGAUGCUGGGCUGCUGCGCCACCAUCAGGGAACAAAGAGGUCUUCUUAUAGUGUUCUUUGUGCUGUUGUUGUUAAUCUUCCUUCUGGAGAUCACAGCUGGAAUUCUGGCUUACGUCUAUUAUCAGGAGUGUUUUCCUCUCUGCUACCAGCUGAACGCUGAGCUGAGAGCCGAUCUGAAAGAGAGGAUGGUGCAAAACUACCAGCAGCCUGGACAAGAGCACAUCACUAGAGCCAUCGACCACCUCCAGCAAGACCUGAAGUGCUGUGGCAGUAACAGCUCGGCGGACUGGAGGGAAGGGGCCUGGAUACAUACCUCCAUUGCCAGUAAACGCCUGGUGCCCGACAGCUGCUGUAAGACCCCCACAGAGGGCUGUGGAGUCAGAGACCACCCAUCCAACAUCUACAAAGUGGAGGGAGGCUGCAUAUCCAAACUAGAGGAGUUUAUUCUUCAGCACCUGAUAAUUUUGGGCUCAGUGGGUCUUGGGAUUGCAUUCAUUCAGAUUGUAGGGAUGAUUUUUACCUGCUGCUUGUAUCAAAGUUUGAAAGAAGAAAUAUACUGAGAAAGAAGAUAAUUAUUGACACCAACACCAAAAAAGCCUUCCUGCUGUCUGCAUUACUGUCUGUUUGGUGUUAUGUUGUUUGGUUUCAUGAAUGUGUCACAGUAACGCAGGAUGACAGCUCAAUAUAUCUUG